AUGAAGAUUAGACCCUGUUCUUGUGCUUCUGGUUCACGUACACAGGGAGAUGAUUCAGAGGAUGACGGUUCUGAGGCUUUAGAAGAUCAGAGCUCAGCAGACACAGAAGAAGGAGCCACAGAGGCUCAGACCACACCUGGGCUAGCCAUUGGACAGGAGAACCGCCGCAAGCACAGUCAGGAUACUACUGGCCCGAGUGAUACAGCUCCACGUCUCAGCAGAAGCAGGAGGGAGCCAGGCCAGGCUCACAGCUCUAGUGAGAGUCCACCACGUGAUACGAUUUUUGCUUGGGAUGUGAUGUGGGGGUCUCAUGAUGUCAUGGUGAAGUACAUUAUUGUACGGUUUGAUAUGAACUUUGUGAUAAUGGUUUGCAGGCAACUGAUUAAGAGCAUGAUCCCAAAAGAAUAUAUAGAGAGAAGAGAACGGGAACGAGAAGAGCGGGAGAAGGAGAGAGUUAAAGAAAGGGAAAGGCGGGAAAGGGAAGAUGGAAGGAUAUAUAGGAGAGAACGUGAGAAAGAAAGGGGUAAUAGGAGGAACCGGGAAAAGGGGAGGUCACGGGAGCUUGGCAAUGAAGAGAGUGAUGAUGAUGUCAAGCGUGACUUGAAACGUAGAAGAAAAGAGAGCGGUGACCAGAAGGAGAAAGAGCAUGAAAAGAGUGUUGGUAGGUCUAGCAGGCAUGCAAUUGGCAAUGGAGAUAGUCCAAGGAGAAAGAGUAUCGAGGAGGAUAGUGAAAUGAAAGAGAAGAAAACGGGUAGAAGACAUGGACGAAUAGAGAGAGAAGAGAACGGGAACGAGAAGAGAGGGCGAAGGAGAGAGUUAAAGAAAGGGAAAGGCGGAAAAGGGAAGAUGGAAGGAUGGAAAGAAAGGGGUAGUAGGAGGAACCGAGAAAGGGGGAGGUCACGGGAGCUUGGCAAUGAAGAGAGUGAUGAUGAUGUCAAGCGUGACUUGAAACGUAGAAGAAAAGAGAGCGGUGACCGGAAGGAGAAAGAGCGUGAAAAGAGUGUUGGUAGGUCUAGCAGGCAUGCAGAUUGCAAUGGAAAUAGUCCAAGGAGAAAGAGUGUCGAGGAGGAUGGUGAAAAGAAAGAGAAGAAAAUCCGAGAAGAAGAACUAGAGGAUGAGCAGAAGAAGAUGGAUGAGGAUGUGGAAAAACGGAGGAGAAAAGUCCAUGAGUGGCAAGAAUUGAAGAGGAAGCAAGAGGAAGCUGAAAAUGAAACUAUGGGUGAUGGGGAUGGUAAAGAGCCCAAGGUCGGUAAGGCUUGGACACUUGAAGGAGAAUCUGAUGAUGAAGAAGGCCAUCAGGAGGAAAAAUCAGAAACAUAA